UUCGACAGGCAGAUCACGAAAUGUCUUGAGCGAACAAGUCGAGUACCGAACGAGGUACUGCGAUACCUCGCUAGCACAGAUGCUAGCCGCCCAGCAGCUUCCCCUUUCAAGACGGAGAACGGCCAGGAUACGAAGGAUCGAUACCAGGCCUACUGGAAGCGCUACCUUUACUACUGCGUCCGGGUAGGGCGUCUCGGUCGAGAGGUAGCGAUGGAGAAGUUCCGGAUCCGGUUCGACGAUUCCCAGUGGGCUGCACUAGAGGAGAUUAUU